AUGCAUAGAAUUAACCAUGACUAUAGUGUAGUAGACGAAGAAGUAGGUGGAGGUAGUGGUAAUAAUAAUAUUAAUAGUAAUAGUAAUAGUAAUAAUAAUAAUAAUAAUAAUACGAAUGAUGAUCCAGUAUCACCAUUAAUAGAAAAUAUUAGUAAUAGUAGUAUUAAUAAUAGCAAUAACAAUAAUGGCAGCAAUAGUAGUAUGGGUGAAAAGAAAGUAAAGUUAAAUAUAAAUGAAACGAAUAAUCAAAAUAAUAGUAAUAAUAUAAUAGAGAAAAAAAAAUCGCAUUUAAUAAUAUCGACAAUAUGGGUUAUAGUAUGGAUAACACUUAAUAUGGGUUUGUUCUUUGGAAACAAAUAUUUAGAUAAUUAUUUACAACCGAAUUUUCAGUAUCCAGUAUUAAUUAUUUUAACUGGUACCUUUGCUACAUUUCUGGGUAGUUUUACAGCGGUUUUCAUAUUUAAGAUAUCAGAGUUCCCUGUCGAAGCAUUAAAACAACAUAAAUUACUAUUGUUUUUAGUAUCCGUAUUUCAAGCAUUUACCUAUGUUCUUGAGAAUUAUAGUAUUGCUGGUUUAUCAAUCUCUUUAAAUCAAAUUAUCAAAUCUACAGGUCCAGUUUUUAUUAUCCUCAUAGGUUAUAUCCUUUACAGGGAAACCUAUUCCAUUCAAAUUAUAUUAUCAACUUUAAUUCUCAUUUUAGGCGUCUCUUUAUCAGUAUAUCAUAACCCAGACUUUAAAAUUACACCAUCCCUAUAUGCUUUAGGGUCCAUCAUUUUUGCUGCGGUUCAAACUUUAUUGAUUGCCAAACUAUUAAAAGAUCCGAAAUUAAAUACAUUGUCAAUUGUUGUUACUACAUCUUUUCCUUCAGCAAUAACCUGUUUAAUUUUAUUCUUUAUUACUGGUGAAUAUAAAGAAUUACAUUCAUAUACAGGUAGCGCAACAGAACCAACCAUAAUAGUAAUACUAUUAGCGAUAGCCGCAUGUUUUUAUAAUCUUAGUCAUUUUUAUAUUGUGGAAUAUACAUCGGCACUUUAUUAUGUCAUUAUAGGUAAUAUCAAAGUAAUAUUGCUCAUUAUAGUUUCCUUUUUCGUUUUUAAAACCAAUACCGAAUUCACAACUGUAAAUAUAAUAGGUAUGGUAAUAACGAUUAUUGGUUUCUUAAUCUACAAUUACUUUAAAUACUAUGAAAAGCUUGGAAAGAAGCCACCAGUUUUCAAAGUUUUUUCUUCACUCUCACCAAAAUUCAAAUAUAGUCAAAUCGAAGACCUUUCAAAGCCAUCAGCCAGAAAAGAAGAUAUAUUUUCAAUUAAAAGUAGUGGCGAAAAUUAUGAUAUUGAUGAUGAUGAUGAUGAAGAUAAUAAUUUUUUAAAUAAUAAUAAUUAUAAUUUUAAAAAUAAUAGUGAUGAUACACUUUAA